AUGGCCAUGGGAUUAGAGAGACCCGCCAAGUUUCAAGAAUACGAUUUACUUGAACUUCGUGAGAAGAAAACAGAAACCAAUGAUCCAGAAGUUGAACAAUACUUCAAAGCCAAAGAACUAUUCCGAAAAGGAUUCGAACUCGCAUCAAAAAUACCCAACGAAACCACAGAUGAAAUCCUGCGCAAACAUGAGGGUGACAUUUUCGAAUCGACGAAAUAUCUCGUUGAGGCGUUCUUGGUGGACGAAAAGGCUACUGAGAUGUCGCCGAGGAUCAUGGCGCUCGCACAACAGUAUGAGAAACUCUUGAAAUUGCAAUAUGGUGGCGAGGAUAUUGAAAGGAGUAAAGAAUACGAAAAGGCAACGACGUUUGAGGAGUCGCUGAUAUUGGUCAUCUGGUUACUAUUCAACGGUAAACAGUUCCAAUUCUGUAUCCAAACUCUCUCGAUUGCACUCAAUCAACUUGAACAGUCUCUCCAUCCUCGUCUUCUCCACCUUCGAGCAUCAUGCUACCUCGCAACCGGUGACAACAAACUAUGUAUCAAAGACCUGGAACGACUCGUCGCGCUCAAUCCAAACUUUGUCGACGCAUAUAGCAUUCAAGGCUUGAUAUACAUGCAACAAGAUGAUCGAGUCGAGGCCGUGCGCGCCUUCAAAUCCUACAUCGAAAAAGCGAACAAGGAUUCGAUUGGUUACGCCAAUGCACUUUAUGCUCUUUCCGUACUAACUAUUCAGAAUGCCACCGCAACCGCAACAUCUAGUCGUAAGCAAUCUUUACAAAACUUGCGUACUCAACAAGCCUACAAUUACUACGACAAAGCUAAAGAGGCCGAAAAACGAUUCGAGUAUUUGUAUGGUCACCCGCCGGAAAUGACAGAUGUUAAACGCACAGCUAUGACGCUAUUCGAAAAAACCUCGCGGGACUCGAAAAAUGAGAAACCAAAAAAUUCUCAAUUGGAAGCUGAACGGUUGGCGCCCAUUUUACAACAGUUGCUUUCAAUGCAGCCACAAACUAGUUUAGCGGCUGCUAAUAUUACUGGUGCUGGAGCAAAUGAUAGCGGGAUAAACGAAAAGAAAUGUCAUAAUUGUGGAAGUGAAACACGUAAAGACGAGAACGGGGAAAUCAAAGAGGAAAAGAAGAACAAAUUGUUAAUUUGCACUGGAUGCACUAGCACCUAUUAUUGCUCGAAAGAAUGUCAGAAAAAGGAUUGGAAACAAGGACAUAAACAACAAUGUGGAAAUUCAAAACAGGUUUUAUUAAAACAAGGUGCACAAAGUGGAUAA